AUGUUAGAACCAGAACCAGAAGUUCAACUCGAUAGCCCUGAUGAAUGUUUUGCCGUUAGUAAUAACAUUCCUGAAUUUUCAUUCGAGACCAAUGAUGAAGAUAUUGUUUGGGAAACUGUGUUCUUUAAUGUAAUUAAUAAGGAUAAGUUGAUUUCCAAUGAAGAACUAACAGAAACUGAGCAAAAACAUUUCAAAGGAAACUCUGUUGCACUCCUCAAGACAGAUGCAAAGAGAAAAAUUAAUUACCACAACCUUAUCACUCCAAAGUUUCUUGAAAAAGAGUGGAGUUUUGCUUCUCAAGAUUGUGCUUUAAAGUCCAUAUAUGCUCACUCAUGCAAAAUAACAGUCAUUCUACAAGAAGGAUACGAAACCCGUUCCUUCAUUGGAAGUGGUGUUAUUGUCUUGAAAGAUAAAUCUUUGGACUAUAUGAUGGCUUUAACAAGUGCUCAUAUAUUUUAUCCUAAAGAGAUGAAUAAUCCAAUUAUUAAGGGAAUUUUCAUUGUCUUGAGUAAUGGUGGGCAAUUUAAGGAGUGUGAUGGUAGUCUAGUGGAAACAGGAGAUUUUAAAACGAAAAAAGACCACUCCUCUGACUGGGCACUUUUGAAGGUUACCUCUGGGAUGACGAACGACCUUUUAGAAGAUUCGUUAACAUUAAUUCCUUCUCCAUCAGAAUCAAGAGCAUUAAACCAUUUUACAGAAACAGAAGGAUAUCCGUGCAUUUAUUCAACUUUGCUUAUUGGCUAUUUCACAAAAGGCACCUUUGAUAAUGACUGUAGAGAAUUUAAAAGAUUAAGAGAGAUUGGAUUUGAAAUUGAAGAUGUUUGGAAAAUUAUUCCCUUCGAUAUGGCCCUGUCUUUUGGAUGGACUACAUCUUGUAAGCCAGGGAACAACCCUGUUUACAAUUGUGGAACCACUAUCUGUUGCUCUGGAGGGCCUUUAUUUAAGUGUAGAAUCAAUGUCGACCGGUUAGGAGAGAUUGUGAAAUAUGAUCAAAUAACAAUCAAUGAAACCGAACUAAAAAACUUGUUCCAGAAGAGUUACAUUUCAACAAGAAUAAUGGGUUUGCAUAGUGGAGGAGCAUAUUUUGGAAAUAUAGCUUGUUCAGCCAUUCACUUUUUCAAAAGCUAUUAUCAACAUGUUUAUUUGCCUCACCAAGACUUAUUCUCUUUGAGUGAUCAAAUAUUUAUUGAAACAGAGUUACAGAAUGAAGGAAAUUUGAUUUGA